CCCCAGCAUCGCAGACAGAGGAGACCCUCUGAACCCCAGAGGGGAGAGACCAGAGAGGGGGAACUCCUGGGAGAGUUUUUUUGGGCUAAUCUUCAUAUUUUAGAGUACUUUUUAGCUGAAUCUCAACUUUUUGCAGUUUGGACAGGCGGGAGUUUUCUCACUAUUUCUGAGGAGCUUUUGCCUGAAUUUCGAUUGUUUGGGUUUUUCUGGGCUGAAUCCUGGUGUUUUGGAGGUUUUUAUGGUCACAGGAUGCCCGGUGAGUUCUAGAGAUGGACUUGGGCAGGAGGAACCCCCAAGCCAACGCGCUCAGCCCUUGUUUUCCCCCCCAUCAGGAUUUUUCCUUCCCAAAGCUUGGCCAGAUGGAGGAGGCUGCGAGGAAGAGGAAGAUGCCUUGGGCCCCCCAGGCAGGCCCCGAUCUGAGGAUGGAGAGCCCGGAGGACAAAUCCCCCCGGCAGAGCCUGGUGGGAGAGGCCGUUUUGAAGGGCUCCCCGGCGCAGGAAGGCAGUGGGGAGGAAAAGGGCCCGAGAUCCCCCCACAGGAGGGGCUCCAAAGCCAGCCCAGGGUGCUCUGAGGAGGAAAGAGCCAGCCUGUGCCGGGAAGGCGGCCAGAGCUUGAGGGGGAGCUCUGACCUGGUGGUCCCUGAGCAGCCUCCCAGCAGGGAGAAGCCCUUCAGAUGCUUAGAAUGUGGGAAUAGCUUCAAGGCCAGCACCCACCUCCUCAUCUACCAACACAUUCACACCGGGGAACAGCCCUACACGUGUGGGGAAUGUGGAAAGAGCUUCAACUGCAGCUCCAACCUGAUCCGCCACCAACGCAUCCACACCGGAGAACGGCCCUACAAAUGCUUGGAAUGUGGGAAGAGAUUUCAGACCAGCUCACAUCUCCUCCAGCACCAGCGGAUGCACACGGAUGAGAUGCCCUUCCGCUGCACUGACUGUGGGAAGGGCUUCAAGCAGAGCUCCACCCUUGUCACCCACCGGCGCAUCCACACCGGGGAGCGGCCCCACAAGUGCUUGGAAUGUGGGAAGAGGUUUCAGACCAGCUCCAAUCUCCUCCUGCACCAGCAGACACACACAGAUGAGAGGCCCUUCCGCUGCACCGACUGUGGGAAGAGCUUCAGCCAGAACUCUUCCCUUGUCACCCACCGACGCAUCCACACCGGGGAGAGGCCCUACAAGUGUGGGGAGUGUGGGAAGAGCUUUGCCCAGAGCUCUACCUUGACCAGACACCAACAGUCCCACCGGUAA